UUCACUCGUCUCCGCAUAUUUGUGGAGCCUUUACAUUUCGCCAAAGCAAAGCAAAUUCUACGACUACAAGUCUCUCUGUCUAUAUAUAUAUAUAAUAAACACCAAACCGACGACACCGUUAAGACCUGAAAAGAAAAGGAAAAGGAAAAAAAAAAGGAUGAUGAUGAUGAAGUCGUUGAUUUGUCUCUCUCUCAUCCUCCUCCCUCUCGUAUACGUCGUGGAAGGUGGUCUUCUCGGUGGCGCGAAGCCGAUCAAGGAUCUAUCGGAUCCGAACGUUGUCGCGGUCGCCAAGUAUGCCAUCGAGGAGCAUAACAAACAAUCUAAGGAGAAUCUUGUUUUCGUGAAGGUUGUCGAGGGAACAACGCAAGUGGUCUCCGGUACAAAGUACGAUAUGAAAAUUGCGGCCAAGAAUGGUGGUGGUCAGAUCAAGAACUACGAGGCCGUCGUGGUUGAAAAGUUGUGGCUUCGUUCCAAGAGCCUUGAGUCUUUCAAGGCCGUAUAGAGAUCUUGAUUUGGAUUUCCGUAGAUUGAUCUCUCUCGGAUGUAAUUUAAAUGAAUCUAGCGUAUGAUGAUUUGAGAUUUUGACGUUUGUGUUGCUUAUUGUUGUUGGUAAUAUUUUCUGUAAUAAAAAAAAUAAAUAAAUUAGAGAUAUGUUUUUGAGAUC